AUGAUCGGACUUCAACUGAUAGCGGUGUUUUCGGCGCUUGCAGGUUUGGUGUAUGGCAAUAAGGAGAGCCUUUCGGAGAAAGAUAAUCAAAUAUGCAGUGGAAUGUAUUCGAAGGCAGACUGGGGUGGGAAAGUGGAUCCGUAUAUUGCAUUGAGUUUUAAGGAGCUGAGAGACACUGAGGGACUUUCCGUGGUGAUUUUCGACUUCAAGGACUACCAGCAUCUCGGAGUUUCCGCUUCCGACGGUGAAAAGUACUACAUUUGCGAUCAGAAAGCGAUAGAUUUGGGGCUGUGCAAUUCAACGUCAGAGAACCAAUACCUAGUAACCGAGACGUUGUAUGACCCAGAUACGCAGGAAAACAAAACUCUGUCGGCACCAAUAACGUCCUUUUACCAGACUUCAGAAGGUAAAUGGGACUCUAAAUAUCCAAUCAGGUCUACUGGUUAUUACUGUGUCGUAGCUUACAGUCAAGAUGAAACUGCGAAAUUUUCCGCAACGGUCAAUUUCAGAAACGCAUUUGGUCAACUACCAGCCGCUGAGAUCAACAAACUUCCGCUAUAUGGACUCUUGGCCAUUUUUUACGUGGUCGCUAUGGCGCUGUACAGCUUUGCUUUCUGGAAACACAAGCACGAGCUCCUGCCUCUUCAAAAAUAUCUUUUGGCGUUCUUCGUGUUUUUAACUGCCGAGCAAAUCUUUAUUUGGGCCUACUACGACCUUAAAAACGAAAAGGGCGACACUGCGGGUACUAAAGUUUACAUGGUUUUUGUUUCAAUGCUCAGCUCGGGUAAAAUUUCUUUCAGUUUGUUUUUGCUUUUAGUCAUCGCGUUUGGCUAUGGUGUGGUUUAUCCUAAGCUUAACAAGAAAUUGAUGAGACGGUGCCAAGCACUGGCCGUGGUCAAUUUUGCUCUCAGCGUCGCAUACUUGAUUCAAAACUACCUAACAAAUCCAGAAACAACUUCGCUUUUACCUCUUAUCACACUACUUCCCUUGAUGAUAUCGGUAGCAUUGUUCUAUUUCUUGAUAAUGCGCUCGCUGUCGCGCAUUCUUCGUUACCUACAGGAACAGAGACAAGUCGUCAAACUCAAAAUGUACCGCAGGUUGUUGGCCACGAUCUCCAUAUCGCUUCUCGUGCUCGUUGCCGGGCUCGUUGUCUCAUCUUUUGUUUUUUUGGGCAUGAAUUCAAUAGAAAUGAUAGAGCAGCACUGGAGAACAAGAUUCUUUUUCGUUGAUUUUUGGCCCUCGCUCGUUUACUAUUUUGUCUUUGUCACAGUCGCCUUCUUCUGGAGGCCUACUGAUACUUCUUACAUGCUUGCUUGCUCUCAGCAACUGCCAACGGAUCCCGAGAACGUGGCAGACUUUGAUCUAGACGACCUGCAUUCUUUGGAAGAGCACACAUCUCAGAUCGACGACGAUCUAAACUUUUCCGACGACGAAACACCUGCGGAUGAAAAUCGUCAUGAUUCUCACCCACAGAAAACAUCAACCUAA